AACGACAACAAAACAACCAAAGAAAAGUUAUAUUAUUUCCCCUGCUCCAUCUUCUUCACUUCGUUUAUAUAUCUGAAAGAAAAAGGAAGAAACUAAAGAAUCGUUCUAGUUUUAUGGUAUCACUUUCUAAUUAUGGAAAUAAAUAGGGGUCUGUUCAUAGUAGUUUUAGUUGUAGUUUUGACUGCUAAGUUGGGGUCGGCUGGGGACAUAGUUCACCAAGACAACGUUGCUCCAAAGAGACCUGGUUGUGCUAACAAUUUCGUUCUGGUAAAAGUCCCAACCUGGAUUGAGGGUUUAGAAGACAAUGAGUAUGUUGGUGUUGGUGCUCGUUUUGGCCCUACUUUGGAGUCGAAGGAAAAGCAUGCAAACCAUACCAGGCUUGCACUUGCAGAUCCUCCAGAUUGUUGCAGCAAACCUAGGAAUAAGCUUACAGGGGAGGUCAUUCUGGUUCGCCGAGGUAACUGUAGUUUCACAGUGAAGACAAAUGUUGCUGAAGAAGCUGGUGCUUCUGCCAUCCUCAUAAUAAACAACCAAACUGAACUCUUCAAGAUGGUGUGUGAAUCUGAUGCUGAUGUAAAUAUAACAAUACCGGCUGUCAUGCUCCCUCAGGAUGCCGGUUCACGUUUGGAAAAAUAUAUAAGCAACAACACCAUGGUUUCUGUUGCUCUUUACUCUCCAAAGCGCCCAGCCAUUGAUAUUGCCGAAGUGUUUUUGUGGCUAAUGGCUGUUGGUACCAUUUUGUGUGCCUCUUAUUGGUCUGCAUGGACUGCUAGAGAAGUUGCUAUUGAGCAAGACAAGCUACUCAAGGAUGCAUCAGAAGAAUUUCUACAAGUAGGAGGUUCGGGUUCCAGUGGUUUUGUCGACAUAAAUACAACAUCAGCAAUUCUCUUUGUAGUAAUUGCUUCAUGUUUCUUGGUCAUGCUUUACAAGCUUAUGUCAUUCUGGUUUGUUGAAGUUCUGGUGGUUCUCUUUUGCAUCGGUGGAGUAGAGGGCUUACAAACGUGCUUGGUGGCAUUUUUAGCAUGUUUCAGGUGGUUUCUGCGCUUUGCGGAAUCAUUUAUUAAAGUACCCUUCUUUGGAGCUGUUUCACAUCUGACACUGGUUGUUUGCCCCUUCUGCAUAGCAUUUACUGUUCUUUGGGCAGUGUAUCGCCGUAUCUCAUUUGCCUGGAUAGGUCAAGAUAUUCUUGGGAUUGCACUAAUAAUCACUGUCCUUCAGAUUGUUCGUGUACCAAAUCUCAAGGUUGGAACAGUUCUUCUGGGUUGUGCUUUCUUAUAUGACAUCUUCUGGGUAUUUGUUUCCAAAUGGUGGUUUCAUGAGAGUGUCAUGAUAGUUGUAGCUCGUGGUGAUAAGAGUGGCGAGGAUGGCAUACCGAUGCUACUAAAAAUUCCACGGAUGUUCGAUCCUUGGGGUGGCUACAGUGUUAUUGGAUUUGGAGACAUAAUUUUACCUGGCCUUGUUGUGGCAUUUUCGCGAAGAUAUGAUUGGCUAGCAAAGAAGAAUCUUCGGUCGGGAUACUUUGUAUGGGCAAUGACUGCCUAUGGUGUAGGUCUUCUGGUCACGUAUGUCGCCUUGAACCUGAUGGAUGGACAUGGGCAACCUGCUUUGCUUUACAUCGUUCCUUUCACGCUUGGCACCUUUAUUACAUUGGGAAAGAAAAGAGGUGAUCUUGAAACUCUGUGGACAAGAGAACCGGAAAGACCUUGCCCGCAUAUGCAACUUCAUCCCUUGCAACAAAAAGAAUAAUGGUAAUAAACAAUGAAAAAAAUAAGUACCUCAAACUGUAUGCCAGUUUUGGCUACUAGUACGUAAAUCAGCUGAAAGGGUUUUACCCUUUUAGGUUGUGGAGAAGCAUGUAAUAUUUGCAGUAUUGCAAACACCUGUAGAAAUUGACCUGUAGCAGAUACCUCUUAAUCCACUUCAGCUAAUUAUUUAGAAAUUUACAGUUGAUUGUGUAACCCUGUGAUUAGAUGAUCACAAAGUAAUUGAUGAGUUCGAGAUU